CGAAACACUUGAUUAUAAAUUUAGAAUAGCGGUGACUCUGGUUUGUGUAGAAUGGUGAUAUAAAACCAUUAAUAACGGUUUUAGGAUGGGUCAGAAAUUUAUAUUCGUUUUGGCACUUGUGCUGUGUGCAACAAUCGCAGCAGGGAUUAAUUCCGCCAACGGCUACGGUAGAGGCGCCUCCGGAAACGGCGGCUCUGGUAGAACGAACAGCAUUGCCAACAACAGAGCCAGGCCCUCGAGAGGCGGCUCUGGUACCUGCAGGUCCGAUAGCGGCGGCUCCGGUGGCAGCGGCUCCGGUGGCAGCGGCUCCGGUGGCAGCGGCUCCGGUGGCACGAAUGGAACCAAUUCCAGCACUACCGCGGGCAAUGGCACUCUCAAUAAUGGCACUUGCAAUAACGGAACCAGCUCUGGUGGGACGAACGGCACUUGCAAUAAUGGAACCAGUUCCGGGAACUCCAGCUCGAGUGCCACGAACGGCACUUGCAAUAACGGAACCAGCUCUGGUGGGACGAACGGCACUUGCAAUAAUGGAACCAGUAGCGGCGGCGGCACGGGUAGCGGCGGCGGCACGGGUAGCGGCGGCGGCACGGGUAGCGGCGGCGGCACGGGUAGCGGCGGCGGCACGGGUAGCGGCGGCGGCACGGGUAGCGGCGGCGGC